AUGGACGAGCUCAUUGAGGAAACACGAGCAUAUCUGCGACAUCUCGAAGCCCACCGUGCCGCUGUAAGGCGUGGCGCUAACGCCUUUCACGACCCUUUCACGAUGUUCCUCCCGAACGAAAUUGCUUCGAAAAUCCUCUGUUUCUGCGUGGACGGCAAAGACGGAGUCAAAAGGCGGAUACCGCUGGCCCUGUCUGCUGUCUCUAAGAGGUGGCAGGUCAUAGCGCACUCGACGCCAUUGCUCUGGGCCUCCAUUCGCCUUCGACUUGGCAUCGGCCUGCCGUGCUCGUAUGAAAAAGACAUGCUCCAGUAUUGGCUCCAACGAUCCUCUCAAUACCCGCUUUCGAUAGACUUCCGAGUCAGCAACACGCGUUAUUUCAAAGAACGCGAGAAUCAGUAUCGCUCCAUAGUCGAAAUGCUCAACCCACACUGCCAUCGAUGGGGCAAACUUUCCGUCGCGAUGCCUCUCCAUCUACUCAGCCUACUUCAAGGCAACUUUAUUGUAAAACCCAUUCUAUCUCACCUCAAGAUUCUCGGCGUGAAUCUCGAGCAUGACAACGACAACCAGAUUGGAAGCUUCAACUUAGGGACCUCUCUUCCUGCUCCCCAGGUGCCUCCACCGCCUCAAGCUUCCGCUCCUCGAAGACAUUUUCUGAUCCAUACCAACGCUGAUGCUACGACCGAGACUUUCGCUGACGCGGUUGUUGAGACGAUAUUCGAGGAAUGA